AUGACUCAAGGCAUCAAUGAUAAAGAAACUGAGCUUGAUAUUCCCACGACUGAAGCAUAUACCGACAAGGAAACCAUUAACUACCUAGCUAUGGAGAAAUGGAAUUGGAACUAUGGCUGGGAAAAACGUCUAGGGAGAAAACUAGCACCACUCCGAGCCACUAUUACAACUACGAAGGGCGUCACGAUUGAGAAAGAGAUACUAAAAGAGGACGCUGGCUGGGAGGGUGAGAUGUUUCUUGGUAGCGAAAAGACGACAGUACGAAUUUACGGCGGCGUCAUCCUCCGGCCCAUGGAAAUGUCGCAAAACCAACUAGUCGUUACCUUUCUAUCAUCGGGAGAAGACUGUUUCGACGCCUUAAGGGACUUUGCUGAUCAGAUUUACGAGACUGUUAGGUGUGUUGAUAAAGAUGGGGCUAUAGAGUGGACUGAGUUGCCAUACUGUACAUCCGAUUAG